UGAGCCGAAUGAGCACCGUAGAUAUUUGACAGCUUCACAGGUGAGAGAAGCGGCUAAAGGCUGUCACACUUUGCAUUUCUAUUUUACCCCCCCCCGGCGCACCGUUCACAGUGAGCCUGGGUUUGCCACAGUCAAAGAUCAACCUCUCGAAGACCAAUUACUCCGGCAGCAUGAGCAAAAAGAAAAAGGAUUGGAAGACUGAAAAAGAGAGACUUCUCCGCAUGGACCUUGAUGAGAGACGUAAGGAGGGCUAUCGUCAAGAUUAUAUAAGUCUGGACAAGAUUCCAACCUGGAGAGAAGAAAACUACUCUGAUACAAAAGAAGAUGGGACGCUUUUGACAGGUGGAGGUGGCCUGAAUGACAAAGUAUCUCUCUAUCAAGGUGACAUUACUGUCCUGGAGGUGGAUGCAAUUGUCAAUGCUGCAAAUUCAAGUCUACUUGGAGGAGGCGGUGUGGAUGGCUGCAUACACAGAGCGGCAGGUUCCUGUCUCUUUGAUGAGUGUCAAACACUAAAUGGCUGUGGAACCGGCAAAGCCAAGAUCACCUGCGGCUAUGAUCUCCCUGCAAGAUUUGUGAUCCACACCGUGGGCCCGGUGGCCAGAGGUCAUGUGGGCCCCACCGAGACCAAUGACCUCACCUCCUGCUACCAGAACUCCCUCAGGCUGAUGAAGGAGUAUGGCUUGAGCACUGUGGCCUUCCCGUGUAUUUCCACAGGAAUCUAUGGGUUUCCCAAUGAGCCUGCAAGUGACAUUGCCCUGAACACAGUUAAAAGUUGGAUCGAAGAGAAUCCUAAUACAAUCACGCGCGUCAUUUUCUGCGUCUUCCUAGAAACCGACUUAACCAUCUACAAGAAGAAAAUGUCCAUUAUUUUUGAAGACAACGAGAUGGAGGUUGCAGACGAGCAUCUGAAGGGAGAUAACAUAUCACCGUCUACAAAAUCAACAGCCGAGGAUGACAGUGACAAUAACAGAGGAAAAGAAGCGGAAGCAGGUGAUGAAGACAAGGCUGAUGACGAUGCGAAAGGAAUUGAAGACGUGGUGAUGGAGAGUCAGAACCUAGAUGAAGAUUUGGGCCUUGAGGAGCUGAAUCAAGAGGAGGAUGAAAAUAACAGUCAAGGCCAAUGUGACGAUAUGGGAAGUGAAUACAAUGAACAUCAGGACACUGUCAUUGAAAACAAGGAUCAAGAUGAAGACAAAGCAGAUGAUGAGCUAACUGCUGUAAAGACAGGAGAAAAAGAAACUGGCAAAUCCACUGUGGAGAUGAAAGAUGCCUCCGAGACCACACCUGGCACCAGCACUGAAGAGGGGAUAAAAGAUCAUGUUGAGAGUUCAGGGGAACGCGAAUCCAUAGUGUCUAUCAGCAUGAAGUCCAAAGACCCUGCUGAGAAGAAAGACUGACCGCCUGAGGGAAGGACAAUCAACCUCAUCUGACAGCCAGCAAUCUGACUGAAGGCCAUUCACACGAGAAUCAGACAAGCCCAAUGGCGAUUUGGGUGCCGCCACCGGUUCAGGACAUCCCGUUAUUCACAUAUCCAAUUUGGUUUUGCCCAUUUCUUAUUUGUUAAUACAACCACGAGCCUGAAAGUCAUGUGCAUCCAAAACCUUUCGGGGGGGCGGGGGGGGACUUGAACAUAUCAAGCAGAAAAGAUGAGCCAUAACUCACCAUGUCAUAAUAACCUUUCCAUUGUGCCAGCUAAAUGAAAUGAGAUGAAGUGGGUUUCUUUGUUAGAGCCACGCGCACUAGGAGAGCACAGUAUCAACAAGUCGGAUUCACAUAUUAGUAAGAUUUCGUUCAUACAAAGAAAAAUAUCGUCAGUUCAAGUUACCGUGAUCAAGGCCAAGGUUACUCUGUUAUAGUCAAACUGCUCUCUGAAACUUUUUUCUUUACUUCUUAACUCCCACACAGUUUAAAAGUGAUGAUUGUCUUCUAGCAAAUGGACUCGCUGUUUCUCUUUCCCCACCUUUGACCCAACCCCCACUUCUUCAUCAUUCUCUGUGCAUGCCAGCAAAUUACUUUGACAAAAUGAGUCAUCUCUUCUUGUCUCCUUUUCAGAUUGUCUAAUAUUUGUGGAAGAAUCUGCCUUAUCUCAUCAAACAUGCAAUCGCUAUCACAAAGAGUUGGGCUAAGUAUUAAUUUUGAGUUUUGUCAUUGAAGUCACUAAAAGGCUACUCACUACCUGUUGAUUGUUCAUUAAUUACUUUCAAAUGUUUUUUAGUUCAAUGGUCUUUAUGGCCCACCUUCAGUGGUGCCACACUGAUGAUCGAAUGGGUUCGAGAGUUCUAAGGAAUGUUGCCUUCAUACUUUGGUGUUUGCUUUGCUAAAAUAUAACUGAAAGAAUGAAUAAAGAUUGAAAUGGGA